AUGCCGCCCUGCCGCUCGACCUCCGGCUACCACGACGUUCGCGCGCGGCUGAGUGGCACGUUCUACGCCGAGAUCCGCAGCGGCGACGAGCGCAUCAGGCUCGGGAUGUUCGAGAUGGCGCAUGUGGCGGCGCGCGCGUACGAUGCGGUCGCCUGGCGCCUCGGCCGCUCCCGCCGGACGAUGAACUUCCACGAUGUGUGGACGCGGGAGCAGGCGGAAGCGCUCGCGCCGCCGCCUCCGGCCGCCACGCGCGAGCAGCAACAACGCCGGCACGAGCUCGAGCAGUGGCUCGUCAUCGCGGAGUGCGACGAGCGCCCACUCCGCCUCGAGUGGGCGCGCCAGUUCCCGGAGGACGUCGCCGCGAUGGAGUCCUUCUAUGAGAAGAAGGAAGAGGAUAAGGCGACGGCGAAGGCGGCGAAGAAGGCGGAUCACGAGGAGCGGAGGGCGAAGUCGGCGGUGAGUAAUAAGGAGAGUGAGGAGAAGGCCGCGAGGAAGGGGGAGGAUAAGAAAAGCGGCGCCGACCCGUCGACGAUCGUCCUCUCCUCCUCCUCCUCCUCCUCCUCCUCCUUCGAGUGGACAUCCAAUUCGGUGUCGUCGACAACUCGCUGGUCGGAUUUCGAUUGGGAUUCCGAGUAG